AGCGGAGCACAUUUUCGGUGGCACACCUGGAGUGCCGGGUACACCAUGGCUACCUUGGUGAAAGAUGUUCUUGCGCUGGUUGGUGAAAAGAACGAGCUGACAUCGGCUGAAGCCGCCAGAAUACUUAGCCAAGAUCAUCAGAAAAUCGUCGGUGCGGUGAAGAGUAUACUCUGUUUUCCGGGGAUCAUAGAAGCUGAUUUGAAAGCAGAGAAGAGCUUCGAGCUCACGGCCGAAGGUAAACAGAUCGCUCAAGACGGCAGCCAUGAAGCGGCAGUGUACAAUGCCGUGCCGAUUGAUGGAGGCAUCAAACAGCCUGAUCUCAUGAAAUUGGUCGGGGCUAGCGGUAAGGUAGGGUUCAGUAAAGCCAUGUCGAAUGGAUGGAUCACGCUCGACAAGAGUCACCCGGAAGGACCGCGGAUCUCACGGAAAGUAGAUAAAAUCCAGGAUGAGGUGAAAUCCAUCCUCAACACCAUCCACCAGGGGUCGGCGCAGGUGGACACAUCGAAGUUGAAUGACUUGAAGAAACGGAAAUUAAUUCAAGAAGUUCAAGUGAAGAUAUAUGUGCUAAGAAAAGGUCCAGACUUCAAGCUGGAGCUCGAAAAGCAAGAAACUGAUCUGACCGCCGAAAUGAUCGCAUCGGGGGAGUGGGAGACGAAAUCUUUCAAAGAGUACAAUUUCGAUGCCAUGGGCAUUCAACCCGAUCGAGGGCAUCUGCAUCCCCUGCUCAAAGUGCGGGCAGAGUUCCGGCAGAUCUUCCUCGAGAUGGGCUUCACCGAGAUGCCGACAAAUCGUUUCGUCGAGUCCUCGUUUUGGAACUUCGACGCGCUCUUCCAACCCCAGCAGCAUCCAGCCAGAGACGCACACGACACCUUCUUCAUCUCAGAUCCAGCAACUUGCACCAACUUCCCGGAGGAUUAUGCUGAGAUCGUUCGCAAAACACAUUCGAAGGGCGGCUACGAGUCCCUGGGCUACAACUACGACUGGCAGUACUCCGAAGCCGAGAAGAAUCUCCUCCGGACCCAUACCACGGCGGUCUCCGCGCGAAUGCUCUAUAAGCUCGCCAAAGACGGUUUCAAGCCAUCGAAAUUCUUCAGUAUCGAUCGUGUCUUCCGAAACGAGACUCUCGACGCGACCCAUCUCGCGGAGUUCCAUCAGAUUGAAGGCGUCGUGGCUGACCGGAAGCUGACCCUCGGCAAUUUGAUGGGAGUCAUCAAAGCGUUCUUCGAUAAACUUGGCAUCAAGAAGCUCCGUUUCAAGCCCGCCUACAAUCCGUACACUGAACCGUCGAUGGAAAUCUUCUCUUACCACGAAGGCCUGCAGAAGUGGGUCGAAGUUGGGAACAGUGGGAUGUUCCGGCCUGAAAUGCUUCUCCCAAUGGGUCUGCCCCCGGACGUCAAGGUGAUAGCAUGGGGUCUAUCACUGGAGCGACCUACGAUGAUCAAGUACGGAAUCGACAACAUACGGGAUCUCGUGGGACACAAGGUCGACCUGCAGAUGGUUUACAACAAUCCUAUCUGCCGAUUAGACAAGGAGUGACUGCAAUGUUCCAAUAAAUGAUUUAACU